GUGAGAGGUCUGGUUUGCAUAGAGGAUCUUUGGCUGUGGUUGCGCACCAGUAGGAUGAUUUACACAGAGUGAGAGGUCUGAUUCUGUUUAGAGGAUCUUUGGCUGUGCAGCAGGAAGGGUUGACGGAGUACUCUGGUCGGUAUCAGCGGACCCUUGAUGGACAGGACGGCGGUGGUAAAGGUCGGAGCCGCGGCCAGCGCCAGUGUCUGUGCCCUGUUCGGUGGAGUGGUUCUGGCCCAGUACAUCGUGGCCAAGAAGAAGCGAGCAGGCAAGAAAACCCGCAUCAUUGAGAUGAUGCCUCAGUUUGAGAAGCCGACGGUGCACAUGAGGGACCCCGAGAGGGUGGAGCAGAUCAUCUGCGGCCUCAUCAAAGGAGGCGCGUCCAAACUACAGAUCAUCACGGACUUCGACAUGACGUUGAGCAAGUUCGCUGUCAACGGAAAACGCUGCCCGUCCUGUCACAAUAUCAUUGAUAACUGUAAUCUGGUGACGGAGGACUGCAGACAGAAGCUGCUGCAGCUGAAGAAUAAAUAUUACCCCAUCGAGAUCGACCCCAACCUCACCAUGGAGGAGAAAUACCCGUUCAUGGUGGAGUGGUAUUUCAAGUCCCACACACUCCUUGUGGAGCAGCGGCUGGAGAAAGACAAACUGCCUGAGGUGGUGAGGGAGUCUGAGGCUGCUCUCAGGGAAGGCUACGAGCAGUUCUUCGACCGCCUGCAGCAGCACGAUGUGCCCGUCUUCAUCUUCUCCGCCGGCCUGGGCGACGUGUUGGAGGAGAUCAUCCGCCAAGCCGGAGUCUACCACCCCAACGUCAAGGUCGUCUCCAACUUCAUGGACUUUGAUGAAAACGGCGUCCUGAAGGGUUUUAAAGGCGAGCUGAUCCACGUGUACAACAAACACGACAGUGCCCUGAGGAACACGGAGUACUUCAAACAGGUGAAGGAGUACAGCAACAUCAUCCUCAUGGGGGACUCCCUUGGGGACCUGAGCAUGGCCGACGGAGCGCCCAACGUGGAGAACAUCCUCAAGAUCGGCUUCCUCAACGACAAGGUGGAGGAGCGGCUGGACAAAUAUCUGGACUCUUACGACAUCGUCCUGGUGAAAGACGAGACUCUGGAAGUGCCCAAUGCCAUCCUCCAGAAGGUCCUAUAACUCCCCCUCCACUUCUCCCAUCAGCCCCUUCCAGCCAUGGGCCUGUCAGACUUCUGUACCCCACCCCCCACCCCCCUUUAAAAGCCUUUUUUUUUUUUUUAAAUACAUUUUUACUCCUAAAUGAACUGUUUUAAAAGCCCCCGCAGCAGCAUCAGCCUCCUUGUCUGUUUCAAGUGUUACUGAUGUUCUCUCCAAGUCGUUUUAGGAUAAAAACAUCAAUAUAAAUAACCAUGUUUUAUAAUUUGCACAUUAUUAUUGUUACCAUUGUUAUUCACAGGGUUAUUCUUGAUAAUGCCGACAGACUACUGAGUCUUUUGUGAAGCUGUCACCUCAGGUACUCUGGUCAUGUGACUAUGAAAGUUAAAUAAAAAUGCAGAGACUAUUUCCUUACACUAAAGACCUUUUAAUUUAUAUUUUUCCAAGUAAAAUGAAAUAUGAUGCGAGCAAUAACGCAUUAUUCGUGUAAACAAAGGAUUUCCAACUUGAUGAUGACAGGAAACGCACUUUAAAUUCUGUGUACGAGAAAUCGGCCUGUGGCAGUCAUUCUGAUUUGUGUGUAGGAAGAAGUUCUUGCACAGAAAAGCCAUGUUUACGUUAACAUUUUGAGCCUUAUUGUGCUCGUUUGGCAUCCUAUCGACACACGGAGGAAGAAGCAGCUCUUUACUCUCUGAAUUAGUUAACUUCUCUGCAAAGCUGACUCGAUAAAGUGUUCUCCGUGUCAGUGUUUAAGAUCUAAAAGGUAUUGAAUAGUUGUAAAGAUGGCGUCUAGUGGUCAGUAUAUCAGAUGCAAUGAUAAAGCCCCUUAAACCAAAGUAAAAGGUGCUGCAAUACUUAUUAAAAAGCCAUUUAAGUUCUGCUGUAUUUCAGUCGAACAGAAGGAGAAACUGCUGCCUGUGGUUCAAUAAAAGGCAGCAUUAGACGUACAAUAUAAAUAAUUUCAUCACCUUUUCUAUUUUGUGGUAAGAUUUGAGCACUACCUUUAACAUCUAUUUUUUGUGGAGGUUGAAAGUAUAAAAUGUCUCCUUGUGUUUCAAAAUGUUGCGUUCAAUGUUCUCUUUGUGUUUUAAAUGUGCUGCUAUCACCUGCAUGUUGCCUUUUCUUAUUGUUGACUUUAUGUAAAGCAAACUAAGAUAUAAUAUUAUAUAUGAAUAAAACUGGGAUUAAUGUCAUGCUGUA